AUCAAAACUUAAAUGAUUCAGAUUAGAUGGAGAAGGGUUUUUUUUUUAUAAAACUUUCAUUAGUAACAUCUCUCGACCCUUCCUCCAUCCAAACAAGCUCGAAGGUGUCAGAGCGUCCGUAGUCGCUGGUGAGUUACCGUUUAGAUUAGCAGUGGUUUAAGUUUCAGUCAGCAGCGGGAACAAAUCAUAAAUGGGAACCCGAUCGGAGAAGGACAAGGAUCUGGAACGCCUGAUUCCGGUGGUCGUUGGCGGUGGCUUAGACACUGGGGCUUGUUCCAAAUCAUCUUCUCCUUCCGAUUCCCCGCCAUCCUCGUACUCCUCUGGCAAAGAGGCGUUUGGCAAAGUGAUUCGUAGUUGGGCUUGGAAAAAGUUCAUUACUGGAUGUGUCAUCUUAUUUCCCAUAGCCAUAACCUUCUACAUAACAUGGUGGUUCAUUUAUUUUGUUGAUGGCUUCUUUUCUCCAAUCUAUAGUCACCUUGGAAUCAAUGUAUUUGGUGAGUAUCAUGUUUAGUUUCUUUGUGUGCAUUCCAGGCUUCCAGCCAGGCUAAUAUAUGUCGUAUCUACUCAAGAAAAGCAUCUCUUUUGUUACUGCCUGACUGAGUUUGUUGCAUGGUCGUUGUUGAAGCUAUACACAUGUUUAUCUUUUGAUGAGAAAGCACAAGCAAUAUUGACAUAAUGCAUUUUGGGAAUUGACUGAUGUGAGGGCCAACAGUUUUACUAGCCAACCUUGAUUGUUCCAUUAUUUCAGGGGUGUUCACAAAUUUGUUGAGUUUAGACUAGUUGUAAUAAUGUAGUGACUACUAAAAGAGAAAAACUUCAAAAAUACCCGAGUAGUAAAAUAAAUCAAUCGGGAAGGCAAACACUGUGGGGUUGAAGGAAUUUCAUGAUGAACUUGUGUUCAUAAAUUUAGUUAUUUCUUUAGUCACUUUUUAGUUUACAAAACUUUUACUUUAGGUGGCACCGUAUUGAUAACUUGUGUAUAUAUGCACAAGGAAGGUUAUGAUUUAUAUCUUCCAUCGUCCCUCGAUGCAAGGUGGAAACAAAGUUAUAAUGUUAGAAGACACGUUUUCAAGUUCCAUAGCACAUUCUCAUAUGUCUAAGGAGGUCUUGGAUUUGUUACCUCUAUAACUUUCAUCUUUUUGGUUGGAGUGUUCAUCUCGUCAUGGGUAGGUGCUUCUCUACUUGGUUUAGGAGAGUGGUUCAUAAAAAAGAUGCCCCUCAUAAGUUAUGUCUAUUCUGCUUCUAAACAAAUCAGUGCAGCAAUUUCACCAGAUCAGAACUCUCAUGCUUUUAAAGAAGUUGCAUUAAUAAAGCAUCCCCGCCAUGGAGAGUAUGCACUAGGCUUCAUCACUUCAUCUCUGGUUCUCCAGAAGAGUUCGGGUCCUGAGGAACUCUGUUGCGUCUACCUCCCAACUAACCACCUCUACCUUGGCGAUAUCUACUUGGUCAAUUCCAAAGACAUCAUGAGGCCAAACCUUUCAGUACGAGAAGCAAUAGAAAUUGUCAUCUCCGGUGGCUUGUCUAUACCCAAGUUACUGAAUGUAGUGGAUGCACAUUCGAUUCUAUCUCCAAGACUUGGGAAAUUUGCAAUUCCACGGGUUUGAUUUCUUGUGGAAAAAGAUACUCCUAAAACUGCAUGUAUCUCUCUUUUCUCAUGAGCAGCAGCUAUUCACGGACCAUUGAUUGAUGUGGUGGAUGACGAGCGUCCUUGGGUUCUUUGAUCAUACACUGACUGUCACAAACCAAUAAUACAAUGGCUGCGUUUGUUUUUUGGCGAUGGGCAAAAAUGCCAUUCCGACACGCUGCUUUUUGUAGUGUUUUAGGCUCAACAGAUUUUGGCGUUUUGGUUUGAAAUGCUCAAGACAAACAUAGCCAAUUUAUCUAGACACAGUUGUUCUUUGUCUUUGCAUUUAGUAUCUAGUUUUUGCCUAGGCAAUUUUGGUCUUAGUCUUUCAUAUGGUCCUGUUGGGUUUGGUUUGGAAUCUGGAGCAUCACUGGUGGUGGCGGGGGAGACCGGUGGCGGCAGGUUGUUGGAGGAAGCAUUCUGGAAAUUUCGGCGGAUUCCAACAGCAGCAGCGGCAGAUCGGCUGGCGGCAGCUCCGAUAGCAACUCCUCCGGAGGUAUUCUUGUCCAUGUUUUAAAAACAAACUCCUAACUUGGAAAAUUUAGAAACCUACUCCUAUUUUUCCACUUUCUCCAUGUUUUAUUCCUAUUUGAGGAAUCAUCUUAGGCUUCACUAGGUGGAUGCUUUCCUUUAUGUUUCCUUCAUAUUGUGACUAAAAAAGAGUUUCUCAAAAACAGUGUCCAGUCAACUUCAACUGUCAAAUUUUGCCGGGAUAUACCUCAUAUUGUAUAUAAGUAGUUUCAUAUUGUAACCCCUCUUUUUAGCUUAUCAACCUUACAAGUUAAUUUUUUUUAUCAAACACGUAACCUAAUC